AUGGAGAUAACGAACGUGAUGGAAUAUGAGAAAAUCGCAAAGGAGAAAUUACCAAAGUUGGUAUAUGAUUACUAUGCAUCUGGUGCAGAGGAUCAGUGGACUCUUCAGGAGAAUCGUAACGCCUUCUCCAGGAUUCUGUUUAGGCCUCGGAGUCUCAUCGAUGUAAGCGAGAUUGAUGUGAGCACAAGGGUUUUAAGGUUUAACAUUUCCAUGCCAACCAUGGUUGCUCCUACAGCAAUGCAGAAAAUGGCUCACCCUGAUGGCGAGCUUGCAACCGCCAGAGCUACUUCCGCUGCUGGAACGAUCAUGACUUUAUCUACAUGUGCUACUUGUAGUGUUGAGGAAGUUGCUUCCACAGGACCUGGUAUUCGUUUCUUCCAACUCUAUGUUUAUAAGGACAGAAACGUGGUUAGACAGCUUGUGAAACGAGCUGAAGAAGCUGGAUUCACAGCGAUUGCUCUUACUGUAGAUACCCCGAGGUUCGGACGCAGAGAAGCCGACAUCAAAAACAGAUUCACGCUUCCUCGAGGUCUGACUUUGAAGAACUUUGAAGGGUUGGAUCUUGGGAACAUAGACAAGACAGUUGACUCAUGGCUAGCUUCUUAUGCUGCAAGUCAAGUCGAUCAGUCACUUAGCUCGAAGGAUAUAAAGUGGCUCCAGUCAAUCACAAGCUUGCCAAUUCUUCUCAAGGGUGUUCUUACAGCUGAGGAUGCAAGGAUCGCGGUUGAAUAUGGAGCUGCAGGGAUUAUAGUUUCUAACCAUGGAGCUCGUCAGCUCGAUUAUGUCCCUGCAACUAUAAUGGCCCUUGAAGAGGUGGUUUAUGCCGUUGAGGGUCGGGUUCCGGUGUUUCUUGACGGUGGGGUUCGCCGUGGAACAGAUGUAUUUAAAGCAUUGGCUCUAGGAGCUUCAGGUGUCUUUGUUGGGAGGCCAACCUUGUUCUCGCUUGCAGCAGACGGAGAGGCGGGAGUGAGGAAGAUGCUGGAAAUGCUAAGAGAUGAGCUCGAGCUGACAAUGGCACUAAGUGGCUGCCGUUCUCUGAGAGAGAUCAGUCGAAACCACAUUAAGGCCGAUUCGGACUUUCCUCAUUACCUCCCGGCCAAGCUAUAGGGGAAUCUUAUUGAUCACUUGGUUUAAUAUUCAUCGAGGAAAACAAAAGAAGAGAUGGAUGGCUGAAUUUAUGAACCAAUGAUCUCAUCAAACUAAAAUAAAGUUUCCAUUUGAGUAAAAAGAAUUUUAUUAUUAAGUAAUAGUCUUUAAUUUUUCACAAUCCCAUAUGUUGUACCAAUCAGAACUAUUUGGUUUUUCUUUCCACCUUUCUAGCGCUAGUUUGGACGAGCUUUCUCCCAAUUGUGUCACGUAAUAGAAGGUGACGUGUGUGAGAAGAAAGUGUUAGAUACUUUCAGACUCUCUUGAGCUCUGCUCUGGUGAGAUCAGAGAUUUUGCCAUGGCUUCUUCAGUUCUUCUGUCCAAUAAGACCCUCCAUUUGUUGUUCUGCAAAUUUUCACCGAUCCGAAUUCAGGAUGGCCUAGUCCAUGUGGUUGAUCCAAUUGCGACUCUGGAGGAUAGUGUUGUUGAAGCCCACAGUUUCUUCCACUCGACUGUGAUACAUUUUAUGUUACAUGGCGGGAAAGAAAUCAUAAGAAUCAUGUAUUAAUAUCAUGGAGGUCCACAGUUUCUUCCACUGUGACUCAUCAAAAUCGUGGACAAAACUAUGAGAAAAAUGGCUCUCUCUGUGCUAGAUUUGGGAGGCAAAAAAUAUGAAGACAGCAUGUCUGCAUCAGAUAUCGGUUUGCAAAAAAAAAAAGAAGAAGAAUAGCAGACCGUUACCAUUUUCAGUUGGUUCUUUCAACUGACUUUUUUAUUCCUUUGAUUGAUUUAUUUCUUCUUUCAAACAAAUACAACACCUUGAUGUAAAUAAUGGUUUUUGACUGAAUAAAUUUCAUGUUCAUUAAAAAACAAUAAAAUAGAAAAUUAUGUUUGGAGAACCCAUACAUAUGCAUCAGAAACACUUAAAUAGACUAUAAGAGAUGGUGUUCAGCGGGGCACUUCCGGUGACUAUUUCUGGCUUGUUUUUUUUAUGGAACUUUUAAAUGAACCACUUGUAUAUAUGUGGAGAAAAGAUAUGUCCAUUCACCAAUCCACAAAACAUACCAUGUCCAUAGGCUUACAUAGGCGUUGCUAUCCAACAAAUCACAUGUUCUUUUGGCUCCAAUAAUUCUUUGGAUGCUUGUGGUGUAAAAUUCGAAACCAUAGAGCCUAGGGUUGUCCAUGAAUGCAGAACAAUUUUGUCUUCGAAACUGUAUGCCUCGUGGUAUCAGAUCUUGGAGAUUCUUAUGGGAGAAAUUUAGGGUUGGAAAAAAAGAGAGGCUGGCAAGAUUUUCAGCUCAGGAGUAACCUAACAUUGAUCCCGCUAGAUACUCGAUCUUAGAUAUAAGAUCAACUGUUGAGAACAAUAGCGACGAGGAAGAGUAAUAUCCAUUUAAACUGAUCUAGUCUCCAGCCCCAGGACACUAGGGACCUAUGACUUUUUUUUUGAAUGAAUCGGGACCGAUCGACGUCUUGGAUACGAGAAAGAAUAUUGAUGACAGAAAUCAAGUUGCUUCUUUCAACUAUCCAAUAUUUCAAUGGUUGGAUAAUUUUCACUAGAUACAGUAGUCUCUAACAGUAGUAUCGGCCGAUAUCAAAUUCAAAUUCCUCUUUGUUUCUUUAGGAAACUUUGAAUAUCUGUAUAGAUUAUAGAAUUGUGAUUGUACAUUAUUAUUUUCUUUCAAUAACGUUUGUUUCCAGACGUUUCUGAUUUGGAACUAUAUAUGGAACGGAACAAAACUGAUGAAGUUAAUAUAUGGUUGUACCUUCACUGUAUGACUAUUUGUUUUGGAUGACGACCAUCAAACAUAACACAAUUUUGUCUAAUUACUUUGGAUGAAAACGAAAAAUGUUACAACGUGGUUGCAUUAACUAUGCAACGUUUGCAAACAACAUGAGGUCCAUGACAUCAUCUUGAUACAUUCAUCUGACAAUCACACCAAUUGUGUCCGUAUAUACAUACAUAUAUACGUAGAUAUCUAGGUAUACGAUUUUACAGUAUAGUGAUUAUAUAGUAAUACAUGAUUCAUACGUGGCUUCACUUAGUACCACGAAUUUGUUGCCCAUCAAAUACAA